CUGGAAAAAGAUUUAUAAACACACAGUAUUUAGGAAUUGAAUUUCAUUUCUUUUUUUUGCCUUUACAGAUCUCUAUGUGACUCUCAGGAUGAAUGCAAUGCACACACUUCCACACAUGUCCCUUGGAAAACUUUGUGUAUCCUCAGGUCGCCAAGCAGCUCUUGGGACCCAGACUGACUAGAAGGGGAAUGAUUCCUGACCACUCCAGAAUGGGUAGAAAUCAAUCUGUCAGCAGUGUCUGAAACACCUCAAGUGACUUCUGUGAGCUUUGGAUCUGAUGCUUUUUGAAUUAGAAAUCAACAGGCUGCAUAGUGUGGGUGUAGUGCAUGGAUGAAGGAAAAUUUUAAAAGUGAAGGGAACUCUCAGUCCAAAUAUUUUCUUCUAGUUUUUCCCGUGGCCUGAUACUGCUAAGAAAAAAAAUCUAAACUCUGGCUAAAGAAAGCCCACAAUGGAUUGUGCUGUACAUAUAGUAUUCAAGGAUACACCUUCUUUUUAUGUGAGCUGAGGUAUUAAGUAAACAGAAAGCAAACCUGAGCCAGAGUUGUGCAAAGCAGUGUCCAGACGGGAAGCUGCAGAGGCAGAAUACAUAAUAGAGAUUGUUUUGUGUAUUUCAGACAAAUGAAGAGUUCAAAAGAAAUUCAGAAGACACCUGACCAUUUUCCAUGUUCUUCUCUGGACUCCUUCCACUUGGUCUACCUUCUGCCUGAACUGUUUUGCUUGUAAAAGGAUGCAAUGCUGCUGGCCACUCUGCUAGCCCAAAAUAUAAUGGGAAGCUUCCUUAAUAUAUCUUACAAGCAAAAUUGUUUAUCUUUGUAACAUGCAGUUUGUUUGGUUUUUUUCUAGCGGUGUAAUAUUACUUACUCAUGUAUGGCUUGUGACUGACUACUGUCCCUAUUAUCCCUUUUUGACAGAAUGGCUGCCUCAUUGGUCAUUGCCAAUCCUGCAUAGAACUGUACACUUGUAAACACAAGUGCAUUGCACCCUUAUUUCUCCUACAGACCAUGUCUCUCAUUUGCCAAGAGCAUUCUGAAUUUAACAUAUCAUCCAAUGUGUUUGCUGAUUGUCUAGGCUUAUAGUUAUCUAUAACGUUGAAGGACCAUUCCUUUAUCCAAAUCACUAAUGAAAAUGUACCUAGCCCAGAACAGACCCAGCUAGAGUCUCACUGAUUAGAUUUUUUUGAGUUUGACAAUGAAUGAUUAUAAUCUAAUAUAAAAGGCUGUUUUUCCCAGCUAGUUUUGUGCUCACUCUAAAGUAGUUUCACUUUGUUUCUUAAUUUACUAAUGAAAAUGUUGUAAGUCAGUCAAUAGCAUUACUAAAAUUAAGACAUAUUACAUGACCCGCUUCUUCUCUAUUUAUGAGACCUGUUGUCAUGUUGGAAAAACUGUAUUGCUUUAUAUUCUUGGCAUGUUGGCUAUCAGCUUUUUAAAUUAUCUCUGAGCUGUUUAUGAACAAUUUCUUGUGUUAUUUAUUCCAAUAUUUUUCCAAGAUUGGUCUCUUCUUCAUUUCUUGACUUUUUAAAGAUGAGCAUUGUGUUCACCUCUCCACAAUUUUCUGGAAUCUCAAAUAUCUUCCAUGAGUUUUCAUAGGGGAAGCUAACAGCUCUUCACUUCCUUCAGUCUGCUCUCAAGGUAUCCUCCAUGCAAUUCCUCAGGCCCAGCCUUCAUUAUUGGUAGGAUUUAUUUCACCUAAUUUUAACCAUCUAUAUCACAACCAUCUAUAUCUGCCCCAUCACAGUCAGGGGAGACUUAGUCAGUACUGUACAUGACCAAUGAAAGAGCUGUUCGGGAGACCUGCUAUAGGUGCAUACUUCGGGAUGAGGUGAAUUACAGUCCUACCAAAUUAUUCUCAGACCUGUUCUUUCCCUAUUAUAGUUGAAUUCUUUCCUUCUGAUUUUAGUUAUGUUAGUUAUGUGAUCACAGAUCACCCUUUUAGUGAAGAAUGAAGCAAAAUGUACCUUAGCUUUCUGCAUGUGAUCUAUCACUAGGUUUUUCUUUUCCUUAUAGAUUGUUUUCCUGCUAUCCUUUAUGUCCAUUGCUUUUUGCAGUUAAAUUUGUACUUUAUCCUUUUUGAUUCUGUUUCAGCAUUUUUUGGUAUUCUUCUUUACUUGCCCUUAGCAAUUUGACCUAGUUUCCACUUUCUGUACGUUUCCUUCUUGUGUUUCAGGUCAUUUAAGACCUUGUUACUUAGCCAAGUUGGUCUCUGACCAUACUUCCUAUCCUUCUACUGUGUGGGAUUGUUUGUGCCUGUACCCUACACAUCAUUUCUUUAAGAAACUGCCAGCUCUACUGAAUUCCUUCUGCCUUAGCCAUGUUUCCCAUGAGAACUUACCUACCAUUUCCCAGGGUUUAUUGGAUUCUACUUGUAUAGAGUCUAUUGGGUUUGCUUUGCAAAGCAAACUCCCUCUUGUACCUCAUCUAAAAUCAAUAUACAUUAUCACAUCACAGUCACUCUCACCCAGAUUUCCUUUAUCCUCAUAUUCCCAACCAUCCUCCCUCUUGGCAGGCUGCUGUUGAAGCACUUGGCAGGCUCUGAGAGCUACUGUAGACCAUACGCAGGGAGUGGUCAAAUGCUGCUCAUUAUACCCAGAGACAGACACAGAACAUUGCUCUGUAACGUGCAACUGGAGUUGCUCGCCUAAAUGUUCAUAGGAAAACACUCGCAUCCUUAACUGGGCACUUAAUCAAAGUGAAGACAGAAAUAAAUCUUAGGUAUGCAGGGUAUUUCACGUGCUCCUCUGGGAAGGCAUUUAUGUGGCUGCAGAAACACUUUGCCGAGCCUCAAAGUCCAGUGAAAUCUCUGCUGGACUGAAGUGGCAUGAAGAAGGAAGCCAACCAUUUUAAAUAAGGAGGGAGGCAUGAGCCAGACUUCUUGGGGAAGCUGUUAGGGAUCACUGGCAAAAUGGAUUCAAAUAGUGAAACCGGCUGGAAGAAACUGACCUGGUUAUUUGUUCCUCUUCUGACCAGGUGGCUCUCAGAAUUUCCUCUCCUGCCUAUGCCUCAGGUUGUCUUUAAGCGAUUCUUGGCAUUGGGUCCUUCCAUUAUACAGAACUUUUUGUUGGGAGCUUCCAUCAGAAAACACCCUCAGAAGCAUCCUCAAGACUUCAGAAAGGCAGAUUCCCAGUUUAGAGACUACAUCAUCCUCCUUCCUGUGAAAAUAAUAUGAAUCAGAAGGUGUUAGUUUUCCUCCUCCCAAAUUUUCUUUUGGGGAUAUUUCUUUUCGGGUUUUUCUGUAAGAAACAAAGAAACCUAUCAGGUUCUUUUCCUGAUCCUGCUGAAGAUUGGCUGGUGAUUCAAAAUGAUCGCAAAAAUACACUGGCUUCUGUCUGCCUGGAGAAAAACCUUCUUAAAUCAAGAAGCAAAUUGGAUUUUCAUGUUGCAAACCAACUCUUUGUGGAGCACAGACAUAAACUAAUCUACUGUGAGGUUCCCAAGGUAGGCUGCUCCAACUGGAAGAGAACUAUUUUUCUUCUCCAAGCAGACUUGAACAUGAAAGCUGCUGAAAUUGAGCAUGACGACAUCCACAAAACCUCAGUGAUCAAGAAGCUGACCUCUUACCCUCCUGCCAAACAAGAAGAAUUUCUGAACAGCUACACUAAAGUGAUGUUCACCAGACAUCCCUUGGAACGGCUGGUUUCAGCUUACAGAGACAAGCUUCUGCACUCUGAGCCAUUCUAUAGCAUCACUGUUGCAAAUGAGAUUAGGGCCAUGUUCAGAAAAAACAAAAACUCCUCUGAAAAAGUGAGUUUUCAAGAGUUUGUCAACUUUAUUUUAACAAAACAACCAAAUGCUCUAGACAUCCACUGGAAACCAAUGUUUCUGCUCUGUGAUCCUUGCAACAUUCACUAUGACGUUCUGGGCAAGUAUGAAACUCUAGGGUUAGAUUCUGAGCAUGUUCUGAAGAUCAUUGGAGCGCCAGAGAGCCUGCACUAUCCCAGCUUGAAGAGGUAUAGCUCAGAGAAACGAACUACUGGUGAUAUCACCUUGGAGUAUUUCAGACAAUUGAGAGCAGAACAAAUUGAGAAGAUCAAAAAAUUGUAUCAAAUGGAUUUUUUCUUGUUCAACUAUACUAUGAAAUACGAGGAUUAUUUUUCCCUGGAAGGAUAAUUUAGUUUGAACAAGAGAACCCUUUUAAUUUGUGCAAAAUGGGCUGAACUUUUCCCCACAGGUGCUUUAUAGAUGGGUUGAUGACUGCUGCUGAGAUUUUACUGGUGUUAUGAAACAUGAUUUUAUUCAUCCUAGGCACCCUUAUAACAAAUUUCUGCAACAAUCUGUUGUACAGUGCUUCAUCUAUAUGAUAGGGUUUUGUUUCUGUUGAUCAUUAAUGGGAUAUGUUUAUUUUAUGAAGAUUGUAUAUAAGUGAUGGUAAGAGGUGGAGAAAGGACAACAAAUGUUAUGCUUUUCAAAAUGGAUAUUUUAUAACAUCUUUUUUUUUUAUAUGAGUGAUUUUAAUUUUUGAUUAGAAAAAGACAUACAACACAAUAAAUAAUCUGCUUUAGAGUCAAACCA